AUGUCCCGCGUUUCCCUUCCAAGCUGCGUAAUAAGGCAGGUCAGCUCAGUUCUUGGUCAUAGCGUCGAGCAGCAGUAUCAUAUUCCCCUUCCCACGGACGUUCGAGAAGUCUCCAGCAAUCGAUCCUCGCUUGAUCCCAGAAGACAUAGCCAAAUUCCCGCAAGCUCAUCUGAACAUCGGGAAGAACCCACCCUCCAUUGUCUGGAGCGUUGGAAGGAGAUUCCGUUCGAUGAGCCCAUCUCCACACUGUUUCUGGCCCCGGAUCUCGGUCAUCUUGAUGAAAAGCCGUCAUCGAGCAGAGAGGGAUGUCGAUUUCUCGAUGGUCUAUUACGUCUCCUAGACCGGGCGGAUCUCCUUCCUAGCUGGACUGCAGUACUGUGUAUUGUAUAUAGCCCAGGAAGCAGAAUACGGCCGCGCCUGAUUGGAGGAGACGAUGAAGUGCUUGGCGUUCGGCUCUCAGGAGCAUGUCAUUGCUGUGGGACGGUGGCCCUUCACAACUGCGAAGUAGUGGUGUCAGCGAUUUCUGGCGAGCACCCGAUUGGUGGGAAGGACGCAGAGAAGAUAGCUACUCCUUCCUAUCCUGGCGAACCGCCUCGGCCUGCAAAUACGGAAGAGACAACACGUUUGCCUCAGCAAAACUUGACACUGUACUUGAAGGUAUAA